AUCAGGCAUGACUGAACAAAGGAACGGUGGACACACGCCUUCCGCAUUAACCUUUAUCGACGAAGCAACCCCGCGUGCAAGCCGUGAAGGCGGUGAGGGUGCCUUAGGUGCUUCCGACGAUCACCUUACGUAUAUUGACGAGUACAUCAAUGACGAGUUGAAGGCGUCAAACCGCCAGACCGAUGCCACUGAGGUCAAUGAUGCCAGUGACAUCGGAAGCACCAAUUACGCGCCUGCAGUAACCACCGACAGGACCGACCACGCCAGGCCCAGUACGAGCCGCGGUGGCCUCGAGAAAGUGUCGUCUGCUACGAAAGGCAUCGCGAGAAUUCCUGUGGCCAGUGGUGUUGGCCAAUGGAACACCCAUUACCAACCGGCUGAUGGCACGCACGCAGUCUCCGGGCAUACACACAACACAGAAACCGGGAGCGCUGGUUUCACGCUUCAGGCCUACAGCAGCACCAGCGGCGGUGUGGACAACACAGUGGCCAGUACAAGCUACGCGCCAAUGGAACAACCAUCGGACAUUCUUGGAAACGACACUUGGUGA